AGUCUGAAGAUAGCUUUUUCCAUGGGCCAAGGGAGUGCUCUAGUGUUUUGGACGGGGUAAGAGACUGACCCAUUGCCAUUUUUAAACACAUAUAGUGUAUCCCUUAUGUCGCUAUAGCACUAGAAUUAAGCCAAACCUUUAUUCUCCCUUUACCCUCUAAAGAAAUUUCAUCCUGCUGAACUUAUCUUUCUAGUCAUUACCACAACUAACAAACGGCUAUUUCCAGAAUGUGGAAAGUUUUGGAUAACCAUUUUAGUCCACGCAUUUAAAUCAUAGCCUCCUUCUUUAACUGCAUGUAUCAAUUCCUAGCACAUUAGAAGAGAUCCUCAGGAAACCCAUAUUUCUUCUUUACAUUCCCUUGAAAACUCGCCUUCCUGGGAGAUGAAUUUACAAGUAAUCUUCCUGUAUUUCCUCAUAUGCAACUAUUUUGCUAUUGUGCGUUCACUGAGUGAUGACGGUAAUGCUCUUUUGUCAUUCAAAAACUCCAUAGAAAACUACACAGAUGACCCCCUGAAUAACUGGAAUUCUACAGACAUAAGCCCAUGUUCAUGGCAUGGAGUAAAAUGCAGGGGAGACCGAGUUGUCUCUCUUUCUAUUCCAAAUAGAAAACUUGUGGGGUCUCUUCCCGCUGCUCUUGGAAACCUCAGAGAGCUUCGCCAUGUUAAUCUUCGCAACAACAAGUUCUUUGGAAGUUUGCCACCCGACUUGUUUCAUGCAAAAGAGCUAAAAACUCUGGUUCUUUCAGGAAAUUCAUUAUCUGGGCCUAUUCCUCAUGAGAUAGGAAACCUCAAGAACCUGCAAAUUUUAGAUUUUUCUCAGAACUCAUUCAAUGGUUCAAUACCUUCAUCUUUAGUUCAAUGCAACAGACUAAAGACACUUUCCCUUGGUCAAAACAGUUUAACUGGUCCUCUUAUAGAUGUUUUUGGAACCAGUUUGAUUGCUCUUCAAAGAGUCGAUCUUUCCUUCAACAGACUCAGCGGUUCUAUUCCUAGCACCAUGGGCAAUUUGUCUAGUUUAAAAGGAACUCUUAAUCUGUCUCACAACUUUCUCAAUGGUACUAUCCCAGCUAGCCUAGGAAGCCUUCCUGAGACAGUGUAUAUUGAUCUCAGUUAUAACAAUCUUAGUGGAAAUAUUCCCCAAGUUGGUACUCUAUUGAGUAUAGGACCUACAGCUUUCGCUGGCAACUCUUUGCUCUGUGGACUUCCAUUAAAUAUUUCUUGUUCUUCAAGCCAUCCUGAUUCACAAUCAUUAUUUCAUUUCCCAUCUCAAAAUUCAGAUAGCAGCUCUGGUAAGAAUGGUAAAGGCAGUAACUCAUGUUUGAGUAUUGUGAUCACAAUUGUAGCCAGUGUCAUAGUGGGAAUCUGCCUUAUUGGGUUGCUGGUCUCAAACCGGUGCAGAAAGAUUACUGCUUGUAAAGAUGGUGAACAAGCUGGUGGCUGUAGCUUUGAGAAAGCAUUGAUGGUAAGAAAAGAGUUUUUCUGCUUUGCAAAAGGAAGUCCAGAGAUCAUAUCAGAAAAUAUGGGGCAUUACAACUUUGUGCAAUUGGAACAGCAGCUUAAUUUUGAUCUAGACCAACUUCUGAAAGCAUCUGCUUUUCUUCUGGGUAAGAGUGGAACUGGGAUUGUGUAUAAAGUUGUUCUUGCAGAUGGGCGUGCCUUAGCAGUGAGAAGAUUGGGAGAAGAUGGAGGCUCUCAGAGGUUUAGGGAGUUCCAAGCUGAAGUUGAAGCAAUUGGAAAAGUUAGACAUCCCAAUAUCGCGGCUCUUCGAGCUUAUUGCUGGUCCGUCGACGAGAAGCUCCUCAUCUAUGAUUAUAUACCUAAUGGUGACCUUGCCACUGCAAUUCAUGGGAAAGCUGGAACAGUUCCCUUCCGACCACUUUCAUGGCCUGUUCGUUUAAGAAUCAUGAAAGGAAUAGCAAAAGGUUUGGCUUAUCUUCAUGAAUUCAGUCCCAAACGGUAUGUUCAUGGAAAUCUAAAGCCUAGCAACAUACUGCUUGGGCAGAAUAUGGAACCCUAUAUCUCUGAUUUUGGACUUUGCCGCCUCCUGAAUACAGACAGAGGAUCCCAAACGUAUGAAUUGGAUCAAAUGACUAGUGGAACACCACAAAGCAAUUCUCCUUUUGAAUUUCUGCCAACAAGUCCAACAGUAACAGUGGGAUCUAGUUAUCAAUCUCCUGAAGUCUCUAAAGUCACAAAGCCAUCCCAGAAGUGGGAUAUUUACUCUUAUGGAGUGAUCUUACUAGAGAUGAUUUCUGGAAAAUUUCCAAUGAUAAAGAUGGGUUCUAUGGAAAUUGAUCUAGCUCAGUGGGUUCAGCUCAGCUUUGAGGAAAGGAAGCCACUCUACCAUGUCUUAGAUCCCUUCAUGGCUCAUGAUUUAGAUGAGGAGAAGGAGAUAGUUGAUGUAGUUAAAAUUGCUCUGGCCUGUGCUCAGAAGAGCCCUGAAAGGAGACCUUCUAUGAGGUAUGUCUGUGAUAAUCUGGAAAGACUGGCGCCAUCCAUUAAUUGAAAGCUAAUACUGGACAGCUCGAUUGUACAUUGUCCAUAUGAAUGCAUGCACCCAUCCCUCCCAACCAACACACAAAUUUCAAGCUCAUGAAAUCCUAUAGCAUAUGUAGACAGCAAAAGUUAUGUUUCUCCAUUAAUGAAUUUUCAAUAUCUCUGUAUU